ACAAUGCCCAUCGCCGACUUCAUCCCCCCAGCGUUCCGCCACGGAACCCGCGACCGCGUGAGAUCAGUCGAGGAAGGAAUGACAGACAGCACAUACCAACCACCUCCCGCCAUCACCGAAAGCCAAGCAACAAUGGUCCCUACUGACGACAAACUCGCCAUCUUCCGCCACCUCGUGGGAAUCCACAGCACACGCUCCUUCGCGCCGUCCCGCACCCGCGGCGACACGCUCCCAGACCUCUCCCACAACAACCUCCACUUCGACGGCCGCGCGGCCCCGAAUCUCGGCAUCUACAACCGCGUCUGCCACCGCGAACAGGCCGCAAAGCGCGGCUACAAGUUCGCCGCCGUCUUCAUAAACACGUGUUUGGGGACGCAAGUCGUGGUGGCAGCCGCGCUGACGGCUCUCGGCGCCGCAAACUCGUCCCACACCGCCGUCACAGCGUUCGGCGCAAUCAACACCAUGAUUGCGGGGAUCCUGACGUAUCUCAAGGGCAGCGGGUUACCGAAUCGCAUCCGGUACUACGAGAACGAGUGGAAGCGCGUGCGCGAGUAUAUUGAGCAGCGUGAGCGCGAUUUCAGUCGCCCUGCGUGCGGGUUGGAUGUUUAUGAGAUCGUGAGGGUGGUCGAGGGCAUGUACGAAGAGGUUAAGGCGGAUAUCCAGAGUAAUACGCCGGAUAAUUAUAUCAGUGUUGGGGAUAUCCGGGCGCGGGGUGCGGCGGGGACGAAUCCGAUGCCGAGGCUCCCGGGGUUGAAGGGUAUUGCGGAUGGGUCUGAGGGGAGGUUGAAAGAGCUGGAGAUGAAGUAUGGCCACAAGGUUGCGGAUUUGCUGGAUGGGUUGGCGAGGAAGGAGGAAGAGAGGUUGGGUGUGCUGGAGAAGGAGCUGGAUGGGAGGAAGAAGGAGGUUUUGAGCAAAGGCGCGGAGAUUGAGAGGGAUGUCGAGUCGAGGGGGUCUAGAUUGGUCGAGUUGGAGCGCGACGCUAGGAAUGAAGCUGCAGAGCGCAGAGAGCAUUUGAGCAGGAUAGGGGAGGAGCUCAAGGACGAAAUUUUCAUUCAUCGAAGGGAGUGAGGGAUUUAUUGAACCACCGCGCACGGUUUAAUCGAUCUUGCGCGGUCUUUCUGCGACUUGGGCAUGUAAAGACUGAAUUCUCUAAUACCUAAUACAACAAGACUAAAACUAUGCUCUUCUGCUGUUGCAUUGCCUAAUAGGCUAAGCAGUUCACCUCAGACGACUACCACUAUUCCAAUCCACUCAGUUCAAACAAUAAAAUUUUGGACAAUCCGUUCCUACAAACUUCUGCGUAGACAGCCAUGUUCGGAUUUGUUGUUGACUUUAUCGGCUCCACCAAGCAGACCUGAAUCGCCGUGCCAAAGAAAAACGACUCCUUUAUUCAUCACGCAUCCAGUAUCACCACCGCACGAUAGUAGCCGAGAUGUUGAAACGUUGGAAUCUAGCUUUCGUCGAAUUGCUACAAAUCAAUUUUUUUCACAACGGGAUUUAUUACUACGAUGUUGUCAUCUAUAAAUUGAUACCUGUGCCGUGGUAUGAUGAAAGGUCAUGUGAUGGAAGCUCACGCGCUAUGACCAUCCUCCCAUAUUAGAUGGACCCUGGUAUAUAUAGGUAGGGGCUCUGCAUUAACAAUUUCAGGACUUCAACACAUAUAAACAAUAAUGAAUCUUCCCUGUUGAAUUCGUGGUAAUCGCUCAUUUUUUGUACAUCCAUCGUUAUAAGCCAUCGCUGUGUGUAGAAACCCCUCGACUCCAACUCAAAAUCAAUCAAAAUCAUUAGCUUCCCCACAACACGGUAAAAUAGAACACUGUAACAACAUUGGCAGACGCGCGCACUAAACAAACGAGACCGAAGUACUAACACGGGUUCUAAAUCAUCCUUUCGUAGAUUGAUGACGUAAGAGCUCGGAAAACACAGCCUUGUACAUACGAGUUCUUGAUUCCUUAUUCGAUAAUCUCCGUGUAACAAUUCGGGUAAUGCAGAUGGCGUGAGGCAUCGGCGACUCCCUGCACCUGCGCC